AUGGAUUACGCCGAAGACUCAGCCGACGAAGACUGUGCUGAAAUACAGCACCGGAAUGUUCCCGACCUGCAAUAUCCGAGCAAAGAAGAACUUAUGGAUGCAGCAUCUGUGGUAAUUAGAUCCUUGCAACAGUUAGAUUGGCGAGAGAUCGGUGAGACGCCUCCCAACCUGGCAAUUACCGGAGGACUUGCAGUCAUGCAUUAUUGUCCCGAUCGUCUGCCUUCCAUUGCACACAACGGACGGGAAGAUAUUGACAUCGUGCUGUCAAAUACUCAAGGGGGACGAAUAAGAUUGGCCCUGCAAUAUGAAUUUCCGGAGGAAUUUGUAAACCAAGAGAUCGACCUGUUUGUAGUUACACCUCGCGGCAAGGUCAAAGUAGAUUUCAAGUGGGAAGUCUAUAUGGAGUCUGCAAGUUUAAGCACGGUACCUCUGCACGAGAUCAGUCCUGAGGAUCCGCCUUUCAUGAAUCCGCAAACUCUCACUGUGUCCAAAUUACUAUCCCUUAGCGGACAUGUAGUUGCGAGAUAUGUUCUAUUUGAGAGGCCCUGGAAUCAUGGGAUAGAUGCCCUUAGGCUGGUACGGCGAUUCGAUCGGAGCACAUUGACGUUGGCUAAAUUCCAGGCGAUGCAUAUCUACAAGGAGAAAGAUAAACUGGAGCGCUACACUACCAUGCCAUAUAAACAGUGGGCGAAAAUGAUGGAAGUCGAGUUACGCGUUAGCAUUUCACGUCUGACAAAAGAGCGCUCGACACAAGGGAAACCUUUUAAGUUGUUGGACUAUGUGUGA